UUGAUAACGUAGUUGAUAAAGGCGAAUAUAUCAAACAAAUUGAAGAUUUAUGCAAUAAAUAUGAAACAGUAUUUAACAAUACAAAUGCUGGCGUGAUAAAAAAUUUUAAAGCAAGUAUACGUAUGCAGACCACUGCCAUACCAAAAUUUUAUAAAAGCAGGCAAAUACCGUUCGCGCAAAUGUCAAAAUUCCGUGAGGAAGCAGAUAGGCUAAUUAAUACCGGAAUUUGGAAACCAGUAAAAUUUAGUAACUGGGUGUCACCAAUCGUCUUAGCACCAAAACCAGAUGGGUCGAUGGAGUUGGAUGAAGAUUCCAAACAAGUAAUGGUAGUCAAUACACCUUUAGGAUUGUUCCAGUAUCAACGACUUCAAUAUGGUAUUGCCAGCGCACCCGCAAUUUUUCAGCGUUAUCUUGAACAACUUCUCAAUGGUAUAUAAGGAUGUGGAAAUUAUUUGGAUGACAUUAUUAUAACCGCACCGUCAUUGCAAGAACAUGUAAAACGAGUAGAGCAAGUAAUCAAAAUUCUCGAAGACAACGGUAUCAAGUGCAAAAAGGAAAAAUGUUUCUUUUUGAAGGAAGAAAUUGAGUACUUGGGUAGAAGAGUAAGCGCUAAUGGAAUCCUUCCAGACUAUUCAGGCAUUCAAGCAGUUAAGCAACUGAAACCACCUAUGAAUAUAACGCAACUAGAAGCUUUUAUAG